UUUGCUGACUGAAAUAAUUAUUUCGCAUCCCUUCCUCGUGGUGAGACACCAGUGUCAGGUGCGAUUCCAUGCCAAGCAGUUACAUAUUUUUCCGUUCACACUUCUCCCAGUCCUACAGAACUAUGUUUCGCGGCAGUCUGAUAUCGCCUCAGAGCCUGCGAGCAUAAUUUCUUGCUUUGUGGAAGGUCUUCGUCGGUGGAUGCCUUUUUCUUCGGGUCCUCGUCUGGGAUCGAUUACUGGUAACAUUAAAGCUGGAUUGAAGUCUAUUCCCAUUCGAACCUCGCGUCGUUUACCCGUCUGGAAAUUAAUUCCACCAGUGGUUGUCCUUGGGGUGGGACAGCGUAUAGUUAGACUGUUCUUUGGUCGCCUGGCGAGCGUUUACUUUAACCAGGGCGAGGAGCAAGAACAAAUGGAUGCUGAGGCUGAAUCGCGUUCGCGCCUUCAGCGACACAGCUCUCCAGGUCCAGCAGGCUCAACCAGCGAUUUUGCCUUGGUCAACACUCAGCGACAGGAGGUUGCCCUGCACUCCACUUACACUCGUUUUUACGCCGACCUCUCUGUCAACUUAUGGUCCUCCCUGGCCGUCGACGUCCUGCUCUACCCCCUGGAGACCAUCGUUAUUCGGCUCUGUGUGCAGGGCACUCGUACCCUCGUAGACAAUCUGGAUACUGGGGUCUCCGUCCUGCCAAUCGUCUCCGCCUUUGAUGGU